AUGGUUGAUUGCAAGCCCGUGGCCACUCCGGUUUCAACCGCGAAGGCCGAGACUGGUGUCGUGGUGCCAUAUGCUGAUCCCACUCAGUAUCGCAGCUUUGCAGGUGCUCUACAAUUUCUUACGCACAUGCACUCUCCCUCCACUGCGGAUUGGGUGGCUCUCAAGAGGGUGUUACGGUAUGUAAAUGGGACACUACAUCUCGAUCUUAAAAUUACUUCCUCUCUCUCUUUGGAUACUCAUGCUUAUUUUGAUUCCGAUUGGGCUGGCAAUCCUGAUGAUCGAAAAUCAACCAGUGGUUUUGCUGUGUUUUUGGGGACCAAUCUUAUCUUGUGGGUUUGUCGAAAACAGUGUACUGUGGCUCGUUCCUCAACUGAGGCAGAAUACAAAGGACUCGUUGAUGUUUCUGCAGAGGUUACUUGGCUCGUAUCUCUGAUGAAGGAACUUGGGUUUGCACCACCUUCUGCGCCCAAACUCUGGUUACAGGUCGGAUUUUUCCUAGAAGAACCACCGAGCGGUAGCCCUUAG